CAACACAAGAUACACGUGUUUGUUUUCAGUAGAUUUUGAUCAUUUUUAGCGUGACACUUUCGGUCAUUAUGGAAAGUGAUACAAGUAAAGAUCGUGUAAACUCAGUCGUAGAAACAUACCAUAAUAUACCUCGAGGUAAACCGAAAUCUGGGAGGCCAUGGAAAACAAUAAGGAAUGAACGAUUUUCUGCAAUUCGAACUACCAAAAAGAAGGCUCUAAACUGGGAUGAGAAGAUGAAGAAGAGAGCAGAGAAAAAAUCAAUUAAAAACUACGAAAAAGAAUUAAAAGAGAAACGGGCUAAAGAGUUGGAGAUGAAGAGAAUGAGACAAGAAGAAAACAAAAGAAGACGGUUAGAAAAUGAAAGAAAAUCAGAGGUUGUUCAAACGAUUAAAAAUACAGCCAAGAUCAAGAGAAUGAAAAAGAAACAGCUGCGACAGAUUGAGAAGAGAUGAAAAGAUUGAAUAAUAGUGAUCGUAAAAAAUAGUUGUGAUGUAAUUCAGAAACAUGCUGCUGGUCAAACUCUUUGCAUUAUUGAUUUCACAGACCUGAUGCUGAAACCUUAAGUUUAACAAGACUUUCUGAUGAGAUGCAAUACUUUUAUAUGCCUGAGAAAUUGUCUCACAUGAGCUGUUUUGAUCAAAGUGUGUCUGGCGUUGAUUUUUAUGCCACCUAACAGAUGCAUACCAAGUCACCGAAAUUUUAUUGAUUCAAACAAGAGUUUCCAUCAGGGAGGCUUGAAUUUGAGCUGGAGUUAUGUAUUUUGUUUGCUGAGCUGUUAUUGACUUUGGAAGUCUAGUAAAAAAUUCUCAUAUUUGUUAAUGCCAUUAAUAAAUGUUGUGUUUUUUAAUCAAGAGAUAUUAUACAAACAGAUUUGAGAGACAAUUAUACAGUACACUUGAAUAUAAUUAAUUAAGAGAAUGCCCAAUGUUUCAUGUGAGCAUUUUAGCCCAAGGAACUGUGUAUAUUGCAUGUAAUAUGUGUUACUGGAUACAUAUAUGUUCUUUUUUUACCUGAUAAAAAUAAAAUUAUUUAUUUUCAUA